AUGGGCAAGGAAAGUAGGGAAAGAUGUUGGUGGAUGGCAAGAGCUCCACCUUCCAUGGUUUACCCUGAAAAGCCUUCCACUUCUCCACUUCUUGAGACCAUCGUCGAAGACGCCGCCGAGGAAUACGAUGAAAACAGUUGCAGGAUUCUUCUGUAUAUAUCCCAAUUCAUCCAAACAUGUCAGCAUCUGAGGACUGUUCCAUUGCCUUUUCCCAUGUCUCUAUACUUGUGCUCAUUGCCGCCGUUGUUGUUGAUUGGACCAUAUCAAAUAUAUCGAAAGGCAGCGUUACUGUUAUUUUGUGAGCUCUAUCGCGAUUGUGGACCGCUAUUUAAAACCCUGCUCCCAAAAGUCAUACUACAACCAAUAUGGCGGAGGAACCACAACCUCGCCGACGGAUACAGCACCGUAACUGGUUUGGGCGCCGAAAUCAUUGGCACCUUCGUUCUCGUCUACACUGUUUUCUCCGCAACUGAUCCGAAGAGUAAUGCAAGAGGCUCCCAUAUCCCUGUCUUGGCACCACUUCCCAUCGGAUACGCCGUGUUCAUGGUUCACUUGGCCACGAUUCCUAUUAUCGGGACCGGUAUCAACCCCGCCCGUAGUUUCGGAGCUGCUGUUAUCUUCAACCACGACAAGAUAUGGGAUGACCAUUGGAUUUUCUGGGUUGGACCUUUCAUUGGAGCUGCCAUUGCUGCAAUCUAUCACCAGUUCAUCGUAAGGGAAUCUGCUGCUAAAGCAAUGGGAUCCUUCAGGAGCAGCUCUUCCAUGUAAAACCAAUAAUUCCACAGC